CCAACUUUCCCAUCUCUUCUCAGUCCCUAUAUAAGCACACCACUUUCUCUCAGCAUCCUCACAAAUACGGUUCCCUUUUCUUCCCAUCUCUUCUCUUUGUGUAUUUUCUAGCCAAAACACACGAGAAACCAUGGCAAUUCCACUCACUGUUUUAGUCUUUUUGGCUCUUCUAGCUCCAAUCUCCAUUUCCUCAUCACCAGUUCCUGACCCAGAACUAGUGGUGCAAGAAGUAAAUAUGAACAUCAGUGCCUCCAGGAGAAACUUGGGCUAUCUCUCUUGUGGGACUGGAAAUCCCAUCGAUGAUUGCUGGAGGUGCGACCCGAAUUGGGAGCAGAACCGGCAACGGCUAGCCGACUGUGCAAUUGGCUUUGGAAAGCAUGCUAUCGGCGGCAGAGACGGGAAGAUAUAUGUGGUCACCGACGCCAGUGAUGAUCCUGUGAAUCCCAAACCAGGCACUCUUAGACACGCUGUGAUCCAAGACGAGCCCCUUUGGAUCAUCUUCAAGAGUGACAUGGUGAUCAAGCUGAAGGAAGAGUUAAUCAUGAACGCUUUCAAGACGAUUGAUGGGCGUGGUGCGAGCGUGCACAUUGCCGGGGGGCCAUGCAUUACUAUCCAGUACGUGACCAACAUUAUUAUUCAUGGCCUCAACAUCCAUGACUGCAAGCAAGGUGGGAAUGCCUAUGUAAGGGACUCUCCUGGACAUUAUGGCUGGAGAACAGUCUCCGACGGCGACGGUGUCUCGAUCUUUGGGGGAAGCCAUGUUUGGGUGGAUCAUUGCUCUUUAUCAAAUUGCCAUGAUGGACUAGUUGAUGCCAUUCAUGGAGCCACAGCAAUCACCAUCUCUAACAAUUAUAUGACCCACCAUAACAAGGUCAUGCUCUUGGGCCAUAGUGAUUCCUACACACAAGACAAAAACAUGCAAGUCACUAUAGCAUUCAACCAUUUUGGAGAAGGGCUUGUACAGAGGAUGCCAAGAUGUAGACAUGGGUAUUUCCAUGUGGUGAACAAUGACUAUUCCCAUUGGGAAAUGUAUGCAAUUGGUGGCAGUGCUGAUCCAACUAUUAACAGCCAAGGGAACAGAUUUCUCGCCCCCAAUGACAUAUUUAACAAGGAGGUUACCAAACACGAGGAUGCACCACAGAGCCAGUGGAAGAACUGGAACUGGAGAUCCGAAGGAGAUUUGCUGUUGAAUGGUGCUUUUUUCACUCCCUCGGGUGCCGGAGCAUCUUCAAGUUACUCCAAGGCAUCAAGCUUGGGAGCAAGACCAUCUUCCCUCGUGAGCACAAUCACUGCUGGUGCAGGUUCACUUAAGUGCAAGAAGGGCUCGCAUUGCUGAUCGAGUAGCUGUGGCUAAGACAGCCAGCCCCCCAAAGGCGAGAAUUAAUUCAGGCUUGGAGAAAGGAAAAUGACAAAAUCUGAAGGGAAACAGAAAAGAACAAGACCAAGUGUACUUACAAGAAACUUAGGAUUAAAGUCCUUGUAUAUUAACUCUUAAUUACUGCCUUAAACUUGGGUAUAUUACAACCUUAAUACUUGUUUCUCUUAAGAAUCGUCAUGGGGAUAAGAAGAAGCGAGCGAAAAAAGUGUUGUGUAAUGAUUGUCCAAUGAAAUGAGCCCUUUUAUGUCUAA